CGCAUCUUCAAAUCUCCACUUCGGUUCCGUCAAUCGCACUCUCCGGCUUCGCCCACUGAAUUUUCCAUCCAUCUUCUUCGUCUUCCUCCUUAUGCCAUUUUCUAUUUCGAUUCUUCAUUACUUCAACCUUCUUCUCUCUUAACCAUGGCCGCCUCCAUCUCUUUCUCUACUCCUCAAACUCAUCCCCACCGCAUUUCCCCUUACUCUAACCUCAAUUCCCUUCGCCUUUUCUCUCCUCCUUCUAAUCUCCGUAUCAAUCGCCGUCCUAAUCCUCGAAAUGCUUCUCUCACUCUCAACAUCCAAUGCAUCAGUCAACCUAAAGCUGAGGUGGUUACUAAAGACUCAUGGAACAAAAUGAUUCUAGAGAGCGGAACCCCUGUCCUGGUUGAAUUUUAUGCUAGUUGGUGUGGACCGUGUAGAAUGGUGCAUCGAGUCAUUGAUGAGUUAGCUGCUGAAUAUGAGGGGAAGCUGAAAUGCUUUGUGCUCAACACCGACACUGAUCUGCAAGUAGCUGAAGACUACGAAAUUAAGGCUGUUCCUGUGGUUAUGCUGUUCAAGAACGGGGAGAAAUGUGAUAGCGUCAUCGGAACAAUGCCAAAAGAUUUCUAUAUUGCUGCCGUUGAAAGGGUCCUGAAGCAGUAGGAGACAUGAGCAAUCGAAUCGGAUAUCUUUGGUAAGGUUGACCAGCUUGAUUGUGCGAGUUGGUUGGCCAUUUUGUUGCUAAAGCUUUCCACUGGGUUACUAGUUAUUGAGGUGUAUAUAAUAAAUAUAGCUUUUUAAUCCCAAGUUUCUUACUUAGUUGGAAUGGAUUGUAUAGCCCUCAUUGUGUUGUCUUUUCGUUGUGAAGUUGUUAUAAAACAUUGCUUCAUUGCAUUCCACACUUCACUUCUAAUGGCUUUUUGGCGAAGAUUAUUCAGAAGUCAUGAACCAUUUUCUUACAAAA